UGAAUCAAACCUGUGCGGCAUUUGCCUGACAAUUAGGGUAGUCACCAGUCAAAAAAUGACAAAAUAAGUUUACUCCGGUUUGAGACAUACACCCAAAUGCCGAAUUUCAUUAUAUUUCAUACAUAUACGUAUUUUCAUUUAUAUGAAAAGUUCAUUUUUUCAAAUUCGUGUAUUUUCAGAAACACCUUGAAACGAGAAACGCGAUCAUAUCAAAGUUUAAUUUGGAGUCUACAAUGAGUGAUUUGUCUGAUGAGGAAGACAAACCAGAUUCUGUCAAUGAAAUUCAAAAAGGUGUAUCAGGCAUUAAGAUCUCCAGUGACACUGAUGACAGGUCACAAAAGAAGACCAAUGUUGACAAAGUAGCUCCUCCACAUUCUUCGACCAAACAGUUCGGAACAAACCAAAAUAAAACAUCGAAAAGUGACCAAAAUAAAACAUCGAAAAGGAAGUCUAGUGCACAUACGGAUGAAAAAGAAAGUGAAAACAGAGAAGAAUGGAGCAGACGAUCGAGAAGAAAAUGUGGAGAAGAAAGUGAUAAUGAAAUAGAAAGUGACAAUGGAGAAGCCAGUGACAAUGGAGAAGAAAGUGACAAUGGAGAAGAAAGUGACAAUGAAGAAGCCAGUGACAAUGGAGAAGCCAGUGACAAUGGAGAAGAAAGUGACAAUGAAGAAGCCAGUGACAAUGGAGAAGAAAGUGACAAUGGAGAAGAACGUGGCAAUGGAGAAGCCAGUGACAAUGGAGAUGAAAGUGACAAUGGAGAAGCCAGUGACAAUGGAGAAGAAAGUGACAAUGAAGAAGCCAGUGACAAUGGAGAAGAAAGUGACAAUGGAGAAGAAAGUGACAAUGGAGAAGAACGUGGCAAUGGAGAAGCCAGUGACAAUGGAGAUGAAAGUGACAAUGGAGAAGCCAGUGACAAUGGAGAAGAAAGUGACAAUGAAGAAGCCAGUGACAAUGGAGAAGAAAGUGACAAUGGAGAAGCCAGUGACAAUGGAGAAGAAAGUGACAAUGAAGAAGCCAGUGACAAUGGAGAAGAAAGUGACAAUGGAGAAGCCAGUGACAAUGGAGAAGAAAGUGACAAUGGAGAAGAACGUGACAAUGGAGAAGCCAGUGACAAUGGAGAAGAAAGUGAAAAUGGAGAAGAAAUUGGUCUUAAAUUUUCUGUUUUGCUCGCAAAUGUGAGGUCCUGUAAAAAAUUGGAGAAGGCCUCACAACUAUGUGCCAAGCUCCACUCAAAUGAUUAUCAAAUAAUCGCAGUUACCGAAUCUUGGCUCCAAGAAUCUGUAUCUUCUGCAUUGUUCACGUCUUUUGGAAUAUCGAUUCAUCGAUGUGAUCGGGAUGUUGCUCUUCACACUAAAAACUCUGGCGGUGGCGUAGCCAUUCUUUUCAAACCACCAUUAGUGGUCACGAAACUUGACAUCCAACAGGAGCAUCAUUACAACGGUCAUCAAUCGGAAGUAUUAGCAUGUCGUGUUUUGAAUCCUGAUUACCCGGGUGCUAGUUUUAAUUUAGUCGUUGUUUAUCGGCCUCCUAUAAACGGUAAAAUUUCUCAAUUAAUUGCCCAUCUCUCUUCAUUUCUUCCCAGCUCAGAAUACGUUUUAAUGGGGGAUUUUAAUUUUAAGGAAAUGUACGAGAAAGGUAGUUAUUCUGUAAACUCCAAACAUGAGUUCAUGAAGUUUGUAAUAUCCAGCAAAAUGACUCAGCAUGUUUGCAAAGCCACACACAACAACAAUAUUCUCGAUCUAGUGUUAUCAUCACCCGGAAUUGUUUUGGAGAAUGUGAAGGUUCAAGAUUGUUGUGUGAAGUCGGACCACAAAUCAGUAUCCUUUUCAGUCACUCCUAAAAACAAACCAGGUUCGAACGAGAGUACCGCUUGCAUUCGUUCUCUAAUUCAUACUGAAACUUUUACUCUGAAUUUUUCACAGUGUGAUUUUAAGAUCUUAGACCGCUGCAUUUCUUCACAAAAUUGGGAAUAUAUCUUAUCGACUCGCAAAACUGAUAGAGUAUGCUACGAAAAGUUCAUUACUGUGUUUGUUGAUUUAGUUAAAGUGUUCACACAGAAAAACACUCAAAUUCAAAACAAAGAAUCUGUUCAAUCAUUUAGAAGAAACAAUUUUGAGGAAUUGGGAAUGAUUCCAAAAUAUGACAAAAAUCUCAAUAAUGAAAAACACAAUAUCCUUGAUUUGAUGAUUGACGAUAAACUUAUUUCACGAAAUUCAGGAAAAGCCUCGUGUUUUGCCUCUAUCUUCUCUUCAAAAUUUAAAGAUCAGAACUCCACCCAAAUACCAGAAAAUACCGAUAAUAAAACUAUCAAUGCAUCUCAAAUUUUUGAGCAAUCUAUGGUCAAGCAAGCACUUGAACAUGUAACACCUAGAUUUCAUUUCGACAAAACAAAUAUCUUAGUUUUAAACAAUUGUGCCAACUCACUAGCCGCACCUCUUUCACGCAUUCUCAGAAACAUUUUCGAAACUGAAGAUUACCCUGAAUCCUGGAACCACUGUAUUGUAAUUCCAGAUCCUCCUAAGAUCAGAGAAUUAAUCAGAGAUCCUAAAAAUUAUGCAUUGAACUACUAUUUUGAUCCUUUCCUGGGAGUAAUGGAGAAAGUAAUUUGUGACUUUCUUCAAAAAGAGAACGAACAUAAAUUCAGCCCUAGAACAAAAGACCCAACUCAUUGCAAAUAUGAAGAGUAUGUAGAAGCUCAUAAACGAGUCGACCUCAUCCACUUUAAGUUGAGUACGGCUUUUGAUAAAGUUCCCCACGAAUUUCUGAUUUCAAAGCUCAACGAUUUCAACGUUCAUCCCACUUUACGUAACUGGUUCAGAAAACUCAUGUCCCCAAAAACUUUUUCUGUUCAAGUAAAUGACCAUUUGGAAUCUGAAAAACAUAAUUGUCAGAUAGGAGCCCCGCGAGGCAGUGAAUCUAGGCAGUUCAUGUUUCUCGUAUUUAUCAACAGUCUUUUAUGUGAAAUUCCAAUUAACAUUUCGUGUUCUGCGUGUGCAAUUAGCGAAGAUCUUGAGAUCUAUUCCCAUGAACCCAUUAUGAUUGAAAAAAGUCUUAGAAAAAUUGAGGACUGGUCCACUUCCAACAAACUAACUAUCGAUUCAAAUGAUAUUGUUCGGUAUGACAGGGGUAAACAAUCAGAAAACGGUUUUAAAUUUAAAAAAAAUCUUAUCAGACCUGCUGGGAAAAUAUAUUAUUGUUAGUUCCUUUGCAGUUCAGUUUAUAUAGUUUUUUUUGUUUGUUCUCACUUUCCACAAAUCGAAAACUUUGUUUGAUAUGCCUUAUCUUCCUUUUUCAAUUAAUUGUUCCCAAUUCUAUUGUCCUCUUCUUGGUUUCUUUUUGCUCCUUUUGUUUUAUGUAUUGAUUUUUAUGAAUGAAUGAAAUA